AUAACAGCAUCUGCAAAUGUAAUAACGACGCCGUCGCCAACAACAAAAAGGUAUCAGUACACAAAUCGAGGAGGAAAUCAAAAAGGAGGCAACAAUAGCUGCAACAACAAUAACUACAACAACACGAUAUUUGGUUAAAGAUAUUUGGAUAAAGGGUGAGAAAGUCAACAAUUUAAAACAAACUUAUCACAAGUCGAAUAUCGUUGACGCCAACCGAAACCACAGUAUUCCAAGCACAGUUCUAUCAAUUAAGCCAACGUUGACCAUCAAUAGCAUCACACCAAGAACGAAUACGGCACUUUAUCAUAACAAUACGAGCAACAAGGCCGACAACCGAAAAGGACCAAACAUCGAGACGACGUCCGGCGAUCGUUACAUUUGUCCCAUUUUCCUCAAAUACGAGGAACAACUUUGGCCCACAGAAAGGGUAUAGCGCACAGCGCACACUCCCCUAUCACUGCCGUCAUUAUCAGUCGAUAAAAAUAUACCUAUACCAGCACUCGCCCAUAGUAACGGGCAUCCUAAGUGCGAGGUCGUUCCAAUCCCGAUCGGGGACCUGACUUGAUGACGUCACCGGGGCCAUUGAAUCCGCCAGCAAGCUCAAGGCCGGCAGCUUCAAACAAUGCCGGUGGACGGAAUCAUUCACCUGGAAUUGUGGCGGCCGCAACCGUGGAAGGCCACAGCCAAACUACAGGCAAUGUAGGCCAUCCGGCACAGUCCCUCGCACGCCAGAAUAGCACGAACCACAGCAGCAUAACACAGCAGCAGCAGCAGCAGGUGCAGGCGCAACAGCAUCAUAACCAUCAGCCACCUUUGAGCCGGCCCCUCAGCCCGUGCAAGGACUCAGUGUCCUCUUUGCUCGAGCAACCGAUCAUCUCAGCGCCCAGCCAGACCUCCCUCAACUCAUGCAGCUUGCAAGCAGCAAACUCCCUCGGCCAGCAGCAGCAGCACAACCUAAAUAAUUCUUUAAGUAGUCCCGUAGAGCAUUCGACUUUAGCGUCAAUCUGUUCGCUUUCGAGCACCAUCGUCACGCCGACUUCAGCCCUGUCUUCCCUGUCCUCUGCCAACCGCAAGUUCGUCCUCAGCUCCUCGGAUAACCUUGUGCUACAACAACAACAGCUGCAGCAACAGCCAUCUGAGAUAGCCGGCACCUCGACCCAUUUUGCCGGCACUGCUGCAACACGUAGUGGUGACCAUAAGCGUCGCCGUGAAAUCUUCACUCUCACAUCAAAAUCGUCACGGUCAGUUGACGCCGAGGUAGAUCACCGGCCUAGCGUGCCGGUGGCGCCGGGAGCAAAGGGCGACUCCACAAGCGUAGAUCACCUGCUCUUCAACACAGCAACGUGCAACAGAAAUCUCGUGGAGUUGAGUUCACAGCAGCCCAGCCAGGGCGGUAUCGGCUUAUCAGGCCAGCAACCGGAAUCACUCCGGGCUGGCAGUCUUCAGGGCCUUCAGAAGACGUCGACCUGUAGUAUUCAGGCAGGCAGUUACGGCCAACUCGAUAUGGCCGUUUCUUCGCGUUUCGGAAGCGUCAACGGAGCAGACUCCCCCCUGGCCUACCCACCCGCGCCGGCCGCGCAGUGGAGGUCCGGGGACUUACACUCGGAAGGCCCCAGUUCCUUGGGUUCUCCGGGUAACUUGAGCCAGCAUCGGUCGCAUCGCGCGUCGCUGAGCUCCGUCGCGCCCCUUGGAACACUGCGACCUGUCCCUAUAGAGACAGAUGCCGAGGCUCCCAAUAGUACCAACCUCAAAAUAAACAACGAUAACAACACCCUCAACACUGGCCACCGUCAGCAACAAACUGAGCAAUCAAAAGAGCAGAAUGCGCAAGCACAGUGUCAGCACCGUCAUAACGCGCAACAGGAAUGUGAAGACUGUGUUGACAGCUGUCAUACAACGUCCGUGACAAUAAAUCAAAUACAACAGGACAUUCAUGACAGUACCACAGUGACAGAAAAUAACGAUAGUAUCAACAACAACCAACAACAACAGCAACAGCUAUCUACAAGUGCCAACAUCAACAACAACAACAACAUUAACCAUUUCAACAAUUGUGCAGACAGUCACAGCCAGAACAACAGCUGUUCCGCGACCUCCAUCAUUACCCCUAGCCGACAGCGCCAUGAAGGGAAUAGCGUACGUUUCUGUGAUACCGAAGCGGGCGAGCACGAUGCUAACCAGAUCCAGAUCGAUGUCAAUGGGACAACUUUGGAUCAGCAAGGCGGUAGCAGUUCGGGGCGGCAACAUGACGAGACUAAUUCGCUGUAUGGCACGCCGAAGGAGGAGAUGGCGCCCGGCUUGGGCUUCGGCGGAGCGUCGGCGUGCGGCGGAGUCGUGGGUGGUGGCGGGGGUACCCCCCUGGCAGCGGGCCAGGAGGUCAAGGCUUCGUUCAUGCGGAACCAACUGGAGGCGCUGUUCCAACCAUCCGAUAACAAGCUCGCCAUGAAGCUCUUCGGCUCCAAAAAGGCGCUCAUGAACGAACGCCAGCGCCAAAAGGCGGCCGGACACUGGAUCAUUCAUCCUUGUUCAAAUUUUAGAUUCUACUGGGACUUGUGCAUGCUGACGUUACUCGUGGCAAACCUGAUCGUGCUUCCUGUGGCCAUCUCGUUUUUUAACGACGAUCUAUCUGCGCGGUGGAUAGCGUUCAACUGCUUAUCGGACACAAUCUUCCUCUUAGAUAUCGUUGUUAACUUCCGCACGGGCAUCAUGAAUCAGGACAACUCGGAACAAGUGAUUCUCGAACCGAAGGAGAUCGCACACCAUUACAUCCGGUCGUGGUUUUUCUUAGAUCUGGUCUCCUCGAUUCCUCUCGACUACAUCUUUCUCAUAUUCAUCCAGGACUACCAGGACGUUAACACCUAUCUGCAGGCAGGGCGUGCGUUGAGAAUACUCCGCUUUGCCAAAAUGUUGAGCCUUCUUCGACUACUGCGCCUCUCCAGAUUGGUCCGAUAUGUUAACCAGUGGGAGGAGGUAUACUUCCUCAACAUGGCGUCAGUGUUCAUGAAAAUCAUCAACCUCAUCUGUAUGAUGCUAUUAAUCGGCCACUGGAGUGGGUGCCUUCAGUUCCUCGUACCGAUGCUGCAAGGGUUCCCAAAUAACUCUUGGGUCACAAUCAACGACCUAGCCAAGAAAGAUUGGUUUGAACAAUACUCGUGGGCCCUAUUUAAGGCCAUGUCGCAUAUGCUGUGUAUAGGGUAUGGGCGCUUCCCGCCGCAGUCGGUAACCGACAUGUGGCUUACCCUACUUUCAAUGAUCUCUGGCGCCACAUGCUAUGCCCUUUUUCUCGGCCACACUACCAACCUCAUCCAAUCGCUCGACUCCUCCAGGAGACAUUACCGAGAGAAGUUAAAACAAGUUGAAGAGUACAUGGCUUAUAGAAAACUUCCAAGGGACCUUCGUCAACGCAUCGCAGAUUACUUCGAGCACCGAUACCAGGGCAAAUUUUUCAACGAAGACGAUAUUUUGAACGAGCUCUCUGAGCGGCUGCAUGAAGACGUAGUUAACUACAACUGUCGCUCUCUGGUCGCAUCCGUGCCGUUCUUCGCGAAUGCCGAUCCCGAUUUCGUCUCCGAUGUUGUGACGAAACUCAAGUAUGAAGUGUACCAGCCUGGAGACCUCAUAAUAAAAGAGGGUACCAUCGGUACAAAAAUGUACUUUAUCCAGGAGGGCAUCGUCGAUAUCGUGACGGCGGGCGGGGAAGUUGCGACCAGCUUAAGUGACGGUUCAUAUUUUGGCGAGAUCUGUCUCUUGACUAACGCGCGACGAGUGGCGUCCGUUCGGGCCGAGACUUAUUGCAAUUUGUUCUCUUUGUCUGUUGAGCAUUUCAAUACGGUACUUGAUCAGUACCCGCUUGUCAGGCGGACCAUGGAGUCCAUCGCUGCCGAACGACUCAACAAGAUCGGCAUCGACCCCAGUAUCGUUGUCAGUCAACACUCCGACGGGGACUUGCUCAAGGUCGACAUGAGCACAGUAGAGGUGCUACUUUCGCAUGACAACGCGCUCAUCAAUAAGGACGAUUCCGAUGACGAGCGGGGAGACGGAUUCCUCAAGACGGGAAGCCGCUAUGGAGGCUUGCCUCGGCCACGCUCCGAAUGCUGUUUCCCGCGCAUGGAAAUCCUGGCUUCCUCACCUGAGCCCGGCAAGCCCGCGGUGCUCAGUCCUUCACAGACGAUGUCGUCGCUACAUCGAGCGUCAAUCGUAUCCACACUGGCGCCCUUCAAUCCGCCGUGCCCAUCUGUUUCAGCGGCAGGCCUCACACUUUCCGUGACGCCGGCCACUCCAGCUACGCCUGUGGCGCCGCCUGUUCCCAAGGUGAUGCCAUCAGGUUCGGCCUCCUCUGGUCAUAGUUUAAGUCAGGGCUCCACACCUGUGCCCCCCCAUUCGGGCCCGUCGGGAACUUUCCUUGGGUCGGGUCCGCUAAAGGCCCCUGCAAUCUUAGCAACUACAGCAACAGUGGUAGCAGCAGCAGCCAGUCAAGGCCAAACCGGUCCAAUUAAUCGGGCCGGUAGUGGCAAUGAUAAAAACCGAAAUGCGCCCAGCACAAGGAGCUGCGCAUCCACAACAGCAGCAACUACAAUGACGAGUAGUUCUAUCAGUAGUGGUAAGGCUAACAUUAGCGCUGGCAACAAUACGAGUUGCAGCGGUAACACGACCAUGUUGCCAAGAAGCAGUGUGAAGGCUUUCACUGCUGGUUCGACGACGUCGUCCAACGGAGCCAACGUCGAAAAGGACACAAGUAACGUAAGGACGGUGCUGUCCUCGCAGACUGUAGCAGGAGGAGGCGUAGGUGGCCAGGUUUCCAAUAGCAGGGAUUGGCAAUCUCAGCCGAGCAAUCAGCUAGCCGCCGGCACAACAUCGUUCAUUAGUCCGAAGGACGCUGGCGUCAGUAAGGACGUCACUUUUUCGAAGUCAGAAAAAAAACCGACUGUAGCAAUCGAUCGUGUCGGCGGCAGUGGGAGCGGCAGUAAACCAGACGUAGCAAGUAGCAACUGUAAGAUUAGUAAAGAUACCGUUAACAGCAGUACUAGCAGGUUAAUCGGCGGCGGAGUAGUCGCACAUGGACUUGCAAGUAAGGAUGCUGUUACUGGAAAGGACAUCAUCGGCCACCAGCAUAGGGACGCUGUUGUCGGUGGCGACACCGUUGGUAGCAGCAGCAAGCCAACGCCGCAGGGCGCCGUCUCUACCACCGAUAGCAGCAGUAGCAGCGCGAAGUCGACUUUGCCGCGUUCUAUAACUGCCGGAACCAGCCCAUCGACGAAGACUAUUCAGCCAACGCAUUCGUCAUCAACAUCGGCAUCGGAAUGCGCGACCAUACUGCCCACGGUCAUAAACACGUUGGACCUUCCUGCUAGCGGCAGGACAAAGGACGUCGCGAAUAAAAGCAAGGAAUCCAACGUGUCGACUGGGGCCGCUUCCGCGCCCGGUUGUAGGUCAAAUAGAGAGUCCAGUAGCAGUAGUUACAGCAGUAGCGGCAGUAUAAGCAAGAAAUAAUGGGAGAGGUAAACGCUAUAAUAGUAACAAUAAAGUACAGAUACGAGGCGUGUGUAUGCGUCGUUUUCGAUCGUCAUGUGUCAAGAGCAAGGCUUACUUUAAUACUAAUAAUACACGAAUUAUAACUAAAACGCAAAUAGAGUGAACGGGUAAACAAAAUCAGAGCGAGGAGAACAAGAUCAAGGACGGUUUUACUCCCCGCAACAGCAUCCGUUCAUACGGCCAAGUUACAUAGUGGCCGCUUGCAAAAAUAACACCAGCAAAAAAUAGAAAUCAAGCAAUACACUAUGUUACAGUUCGCUAUAACAUUUAUACUCCGGUGAAGCACGGUGCCAUUGGAAAUUUUAGCGUCGUCCAAUUGAUCACAAACCAAAAAAAAAGGUACACUGAUGACGCAGACAGCAAUCUAAAAUUGAAACGAUACGAACUGUUCAAUGAAGUGUCCUCGAUACAGGUACAUAGGAGCAAACGAUUGCACCUACAUGACAAUGAUGAUGACACCGCAGGGGGGCACAGCCUAGAGUUCGGGGAGACAGGAAAGAGGUGGCGUUCAAUCAGCCCUCGUACUUAAUCUCGGAACAUUUAUACAAGACCCGUCCCGCGGUUAAUAAUAUCAUUAUUUUAUUAAGACAAAUAUUAAUGGUAAUGAGAAUAUAUGGUAUCAUUGUUAUUACUGGUGUCAUAAUGACUAUUAUACACAGAGCAUAUGGAACGCGCAGCGACUUCAUCAGAGACGAUCUUCCGGACGUAGAGAAACAACGACGAUGAUGAGCAAAAGAUUCAGUAGACGAGCUCAUUGAACAAGUCUAUAUUAUUUACUCGCAGUCACAUUGUUAAGAAUUCAUAGUACGAGUAAUAAGAAUAGGGACAGCAACAAUGCUAUUGCUACUAUUAUUGUUGUUGUUGUUGCUGCUACAAUAAUUUAGGAAAUGUAAAAGCAACCAUCCUGUAGAUAUUAUAUCAUUAAUAUACACACAGUAGAAGCUGAUGCUUUUUUGUCUUCUUACACAAAUGUCAGCAUAUAAUGGAUGCGUAACGCGUUAACUCAAUGAUGGAUCGAUGCCAUUCCCUCCUCUCUACAGAUUUUCAUCGUUUCAGAAUAAUAUUUCCAAAUGGAUAAAAUAUAACCCCAGCCCAAAAACAUAAGUUUGCUAACAUGCCAAUUCGUAUACAAAUAGACGCUGUGUCGAAAUCAGCCAGCAGACACACGUAUGCACUUACAGGCUUACUAAGCUUACAAUAACGGGGUGAAUGUAAGGUUUUUGAAAAACAUAGGAUAACGAUGGGCCUAGAUGAAUAGGCCGAUUGCGUAGUUUUCUCGUUCAUUAUAAGCCCAUUCUCAGUUGAACAUUUCCGUCUGUGCCUAUUGGGCCUCAACCCAAAAGACCUCGCCUCUUUAAUCAAUAAGGAAAAAGCAUUAUAAAUAUCUACCACGACGACACGUUCGAGAUUAACAGGGACUUGCUAAAAUUUACGAAUAAAUCAUCGUAAUAAUAAUUAUAAAAUCGUACCCGUAAAAUUCGAAUGGGACGAAAUUUAUUUUGUUUGUAUGAAUUUACUAGCAGCGGACGAGUAUUUUUUCAGCUGUUUGUUGGCUAAGGACAAAACUGCUAUAUCGGUUAGACAUAUGGCGUAUCUAAAAUCGAUUCGAAUAUAGUCGGGCAAUAUUUCUAUUGCUAUGGAAACAAAAGAGCUAGACGUCCACUCUCACUAUGUUGAAACCGUUAGCUAGAUCCAAUAACAUGAAUUACAAUGUAAGAUUGAAGUGCGACCGUUAGUUAAUCAUAAUUAUUAGUCCUACUAGAACAUUUUUCUAAUCUUCUAGGCUUUUCUACAUAAAGCCGUCAAGUAAUUUUUUCUCUAGGAAAAUUAUGCAUCGAUAUGCUACUGUGUGAGCGAACACCGAAUGCUUGAUCCUCAGCCGAUUCACUGCAGCGGUUUCAAGAAACUCAAAGCGGACUCGCCCCUAAUGGCAAAAAAUAGAACACGGAAAAUUAUUAACACACUAACAACCAGGGGAUAAUUUAAUUAACAUACCAUAAUAACCAAAAUAAUUACCAAAAUUUUCGUGAUCACAAUAUCAAGUAGCUUAAGUAAAUAUAGCUUUAAGGCGUAUAGGGUAUCUGGAUUCACAUUUAACUCUGGAUAGCUAUAUAGCAGAUACUACAUUUACGGUAGGAACACGGCUGUACUUGACACAACGCUCGGUUAUCGUUACAUAUAUUAUAUAUAUGGCUUCUGCAGCCCUUAGAGGACAAAAUGGCAAUGAUAUAUCGUUGUGACGAAUAACAGAGACACACAGAAAAUCUAUUUUCUAUUACCAAAUUCUAUUCGCUUGUAGCAGCUUGCAUAGUUGAUUGUGUUCUGAAAAGUAAACGAGACGUGACUUGAAUUUCAGUUCGAUACAAAUUGCUGCAAAGAGAAAGCUGUGUGAAAAAAGGCCUUGACCUCUACAGCGGAGGUACUACUGGGUCCUUACCUAGCCUUACCUAGAGUUUCGUUGGUAACUACCUAAAAACUACUUGAAUAGUCGUGAUAAUUGGUGAGACACUCGAACAAGCACAUCGAACAAUAGAUUAGUAACGAACAACGAUAAGACUAACACAAACUACCACAAGGAAAGAUUCACACCCGUUUAUGUUUACUGCUACAUCGAUUUAGAAAAUAAUCAACGCAGCGAAAUUAUCGGAUCGAACAUUUUCCAGAAAGUCAUCGAUGGUAGAAUCGCUGCAGAAGUAAAGUCGAUGCCGAAUAGUAUUCGUAUUCCCCUAAGCGUUUCAAUUGAAAAGACCGUGAGAAGCCCGAGCGUCUCAUUUCAAUAUGAAUCUAAUUAGAAUAUGACACGAGAGAAAAGUGAUCAAAUGAACGAAUCUACGAACACCGCCGUAAAGCGAAUAAGCAUCCUAAAACCAUCAACUACUAUUAUCAUAGGUAUGCAGAAACGCAUCUAUUAUACAUACGUGAAUGUUUAUGUGAAACGUAAAGAGUUAUCAUUAAUUAAACAAUAAUGACGAUUAUUACUCAUACCGAGAACAGUCGAUAGACCAUUAUUAAGAAGAACUCUAGCGCAAGCUGCGACUGAACAUUAUAACAAUGUUUACAGGGCGAGGCUAGAUCAAUAAUUUUGAUGACGAACUUCCGACUGACGACGACGGCGACAACAGCGACAAUAACAAUAACAACAGCAGCUGUAGCAGCAGCUAAUGGCCACCAACAGGAUAAACGUUAUCUGAGCGGGAGAGAGAGAAAAAAAAGCAGACGAAACAAACCAAUCUUAUUUUAAGAUUUUCCAUGUCGGGACUUCCCUCAGCGUCUGUCUUCGUAAAAGUUCUAUUGCGUCGAUGAUGCCGAUCGAAAGAUAGACACAUUGAUCAACAAGACAGAUUGUUCAUGUUACUAUUACUAGAAAGUAAGUAUUGUAAUGUGCUUUCUCGCCGCACGUUCGGCGAACAGCUUCUCGCCAACGCUAAAAUAUUAACUGCUUAAGUAUAUGCGUGAACAAACGUUUAAUGUACUGCCUUAACGCGUUGUUCCCAAAACUAACUGCGUGGGAACAUAUCGAGUGUACCGAUAGUGUUGAUUUUUUGCCUAAAUUUUGGAUAUUCAUUGGUUACCGUCUCGCACGAAUGGUGAAAACUGCAUUAUAUGUGGCAGCUGCGUCCAGCGUGACGGACGUACGUGGCGGGAGAACGCUUGUAAAUCAUAAAAAAGUCUUCGAUCAGCUCAGGCGCUGGUUGACCAUAGACGUAAGUCUGUAGUUAGUCGACACAGUCGCCGUUAUUGAUGAUCUUCACGUCGUCGAGUACGUCGGUGCACGCUGUUUUUUUUUACAAAAUCAUCCCAGAUUCAAUCAGGACAAACGCAAAGCAUCAACGUGGCGAGGCUGACGUUGACCAGCUUUGGU